CGAGAAUGACCAAUCAGGAGAUAGAAGCAUUCUCCUGCCAGCCAAUAGGGUGAGAAACCAAUAAAUAAAAACAAGCUGUUGACUUCAAGAUUUUAUAGUGAAAGUGAAUUGGAGGAAACUGUGUUUGAGCUGAUCGCUUCUAGUGACAACUCUGAUACUUGGACCAUGGAACAAAGAGAAAACAUCAGUGAUAAAAAUAGAAUAGAAGUCUUCACUGAGCCAUCUUAUGCUAUAGACAAGUCUGAUGAAAUUGACUGUGUUGAUACUCUGUCUGGUGAACUUGCAGAGGGCAUCAACUGCUCUGUUUCAGGCCAGGCAUGUUCCAUUAGUGCCUCAGAAUUAAAGUUUGCAGAUCAGAGCUUAGCUUGUUUCAGUUCAUCACUAGAUGCAGAACUUGAAACUUACAAUAAAAUAAGAGAGCGGAUUUCCAAAGUGUAUGAAGACAAAAGUGAAGCUGGUAUGUUGGGAAAAGUCUGCAACAAUAUGCAUUUCAGUUACAAGGAGAGUGAUGUAGAUGAAGACUCACAACUAGAGUAUCACAGUGCUGAAGAGCAAGAGUAUUCUGGUCAGAAUACCUCAUAUAUGCCUUUUGCGCAAAUUAAAACUCCAAGGACACAAAAUUCAGAAUUUCUGGAGUUGGUAGAGCCACUUCAUGAAGUUAUAUGUGAUGGAGCCAGAGGUGGGCAAAAUCCUGUUAGCAAAUUAGUUGAUGGUUCUUUGGCCUUGAAUUAUGGUGCUGUUGAUGAGUUUUAUAAUAAAGCAGCUAUACCAGAAUUAUCAAAAACAUCUCAGGACUCCAUAUCACUGAUAGAUUACAAAGGCCUGAAAUGUGAAAAUCAUGAAGAGGAACAAACUGAAGAUACAUAUCAUAGUAUGCUUAGUGAAAAUUCAUUUGAAAGUGAUACUGUUGUGAAUAGAGAAAGGGCUUAUCAAAAAUCACUCUCCAUGAGCAGUUCAGAAAAUCAACAAAAGAUGGAGGCUGUUUCUUCUUGUGGUGUUGCACAGUCAUCACAAAUGGCUAUAAAAAAGGUGUUCAAAAUGAGAGAUGGUCACAGCACUUACAGCAUGUUGCAGAAGCAUGGAAAUACUUGUGUAUUACCAUGGGAAAGAUCUUCUGUGACAUCCACACAGAUUUCUAUAAAAAAUGCAGACAGUUCAAUUUCUUGUAGUUGUGAAGAAUCAUUUUUGUCUGCGUUUAAUUCUGAUUGUCAUGAUUGCCGCCAGAAAACUAUUGAAAGGAAACCAGAUUUUUCUUUUGCACUCCCCAGAAUUCCAAUGAAAGAUAGUCAUUUGUCUUGUGUAGAAGUUACAGAUAAGUAUGCCGGUAAUAGUACCAGACAUCAAGUAGAUUUUCCUAACUCAGAAAUCAAGUGCCUCACAUGCUUGAAUAGUUUUACAAGUAAUAAUAAAGUUGCUGUUAACCAGACUGUUGAUGCAAGUUCUGAUUUUAGGGCUUGUUUCACUACAAGCAGAGCUACUAGUGCUAAUGCUUCUGUGGUAUCUAAAGCAAACAACACAAAGUUAACAAUGAUGAACAAAAUCAAGUCUGAAGAAUGGCAGAGUGAGACCUGUAGAAGUAUUGCCUGCAAUACGGAUUUGUCAUGUGUAGGUGGCAGUAUUGAGCAGAUUGCCUCAUGGUUUACUGAGACAUGGGAAAAUUGUAUCUACAGUGAAAUCCCAGCAACUGAAUGGAAUUCACAAAUUAAGGAUCCUUUGGAGUUGAAAAAUAAGUUGAGUGUCAGAGAUUUAAGAGAAAAUCCUGACAGGAUGUUUCAUCUUCGCAAAGAAAUUGAUGAAUAAUUCUUCUCAAACUGUUGUAGGAUGCUGCUGCAGAGAGCUAUAAGUGCAGAAUUGCAGCUUCUAAGAACUCACUAUUGGAUGUGUCAUCAGCACUGCUGGAAGAUUUACAGACUUGUUAUGGAAGAAAGAGAAUGUUUUAACAGGAAUUUUAAAAGUGACAUUGCCAAGACUGAACUAGGGUCGUCUUUGUUGUCUGUUUUUGAAGAACUGAAGGCUAGGUAUGAAAGCAUGAGAGAAAAAUUAGUCCUGGGUAUACCAUUGGAUUCACUGCCCCCAUUAUCAGUAGAGUCAAAAUUGCUCUCAAUCUUUUCUUCUUAUGUUCCUUCAAAGUUAGUGAAAGAUGACCUUCUUUAUACUUCUAGUUCUGCGGCAGAAAAAUCAGGCUUAGAAAUGUCAAAACAUCAAGAGAGUGAAAUUUCCUCCAGCCUGAAAAGAACACCACCUUUAGUCACUCCUCAAAUGUGUUUAACUGACAACAAGCAGAAUAAGCAAUAUCCUUCCUACAAGAACUUUGAAAUAAAAUAUGAGGCUCAAGAUAUAGAAGGGGACUGCAGAAAAAAUCAAGAUGUAAAUGAAGACUGGUUUGAUGCUAAAGAGAACUUUACAGUCACUGAUUUUUCAGUAACACUUCAAGGGAAUGAAAAACAACAAGAAAAUCUACAGAAGGUCAUUAGUACAACAGAAAUAAAGAUGAUGGAGAAUACAAAAAGUGAGCAAAAUAAGCAUUAUUUUAUUCAUGUUGGUGGCUUAAGUCCUUCAGUAUCAGAGGUUGAUCUAAGGUCUCAUUUCCAGAAGUAUCAGGUUUUGGAGGUUUCAAUAUGUGAGUUUUCUACUAACUACAGGUAUGCAUCUCUGAGUUUUAAAAAAGCUAGUAAAGCAAAAUUGGCUGUGGAAGAAAUGAAUGGAAAAGAAAUAAAAGGAAAAGCAGUAAAUGUUCGUCUUGUAAAAACUGCAGGAGAAAAUAUACUUCCAGCUUCUCAAAAAGUUUCCAGACCACUUCAUUAUGAAAACCAAGCCACUGAUAAUUUGGAAGAAAAUAUUCAAGUCAGAACUACCUGCUCUGUCCCGGACUCUUUGAAAGUGCCUUCCACCACCUCAACCUCUUUGAAAGUGCUUUCCCCUCCCUCAGUUUGUUCAGCAGUGCCUGCCCCUAUCCUGGCCUCUUCAAAAGUACUCAGCUCUGAUUUACAACCACUUAGACAUGAAUCAGGACACCUUUUAUUCUCAAUUGAUCAACAGAGUAUAAGAGAGAAUCCUCUACAGAUAAAACCUGUUCAGUUCUCUCCUAAUCCAUCUGCUACCUUUAUACCUCCUAACACAUUGAACUUGAGCAGCUUUACCAAAUUGAUGAAGAAACUAAAAGAACUGCAUCCCAAGGCUAGUAGAGAUAAUAUUGUGGAUGCUUUGCUGGAGGUCAGAACAAAUAAUAAAGGUUUCCUAAGUGGCUUGUCUAUUAAUGCUAUUGUGGAAAUGGCUUCCUUUGUUCUGAGGAAAUCUGCAUCUAAAUGUGAGGAAAAAGUAGCAUAAACAGCAUUGCAAGCAUGGAUGCAGAAAAAACCAAGAGAACCAGUGUGGAAAAGAGCUUAUUUUUGAAUAAUUUUUAUUUUUAUGUAUGUGUUGUGUUCAAGUGGAUGAGCAUUCCCAUAAUAGUAUUUUAUAAACUUUCCUUUGUAAUUUUUUGUUCCACUCAUGAAAAGGUAGUUGCAACAAUCUGUAGCAAGAUUUUGUCUUUCAUUGUGAGGGAGCUGGAUAAAAUGAAAACAGACUUCUGCCACUGAGGCUCUGAAGCAACCA